AUGUAUUGGGAAGAUUGUUUACCGAUCCAGCCUGGUGGUGAUGGAGACCUUAACUUCACAGAGGCACAACAUACUUUUCCUGGUGGUGGAACAAUCCACCGAAGGACUUAUCAUAGGGACGAUAUCAACUAUAGAGCAAUCGUUCAUUAUUACGGGGUUCAAGAACAUGGUGGUGAUACUAUGAUUCCUUUCAGUGGUGUUUUUGAAAGGAGUCUCGCUGAUAUGCUCGAAGCAGCAAAGUAUUGUGAGGAGAACAAACUGCAAAGCAGGCCUGAUGAGCCAAGCCUUUUCCCAACAAGCAAUGCUUGCGUAUGCUUGUAUUCAUCUUGGCUCGAGAUUCCUUCUUCGCCGGAAUAUUCCACAAUUUCACGGAGACAGAUUCUGAUAUCGCCGAUGAUGGACGGUUCGAUUCCGACUGAGAACGGCACCGUUUCUUCUGAUCGUGAUGGAUCGGCUCUGAUAUUCCUCGGAACGGGUUGUUCGAGCGCGGUUCCUAACGCAAUGUGCUUGAUCCAGCAAUCUGAUACUCCUUGCUAUGUUUGUUCUCAGUCUCUUUCGAUCCCGCCGGAGCAAAACCCUAAUUACAGAGGAAACACUUCACUGCUUAUUGAUUAUUGUCAAAUUGAUGGCAAACAUAAAUACAUUCAAAUCGAUGUUGGGAAGACAUUCAGGGAACAAGUCCUUCGUUGGUUUACUCUUCACAAGAUUCCUCAAGUUGACUCCAUAAUUUUGACUCAUGAACAUGCUGAUGCAGUACUUGGCCUGGAUGAUAUACGUUCCGUGCAACCAUUUAGUCCUACCAAUGAUAUUGAUCCUACACCAAUUUUCGUAAGCCAAUAUGCUAUGGACAGUCUUGCUGUGAAGUUCCCGUAUUUGGUUCAGAAGAAACUUAAAGAAGGCCAAGAAGUUAGGCGAGUAGCACAGCUGGAUUGGAGAGUAAUUGAAGAAGAUUGUGAGAAGCCAUUUGUAGCUUCAGGCUUAUCAUUCACACCACUUCCAGUGAUGCAUGGAGAAGACUAUGUCUGUCUUGGUUUCCUUUUUGGUGAAAAAUCAAGAGUGGCGUAUAUAUCCGAUGUAUCACGCUUUCCUCCAAACACUGAGUACGUUAUAUCGAAAUCUGGUGGUGGACAAUUGGAUCUCCUUAUCUUGGAUACAUUAUAUAAGACAGGAUCCCACAACACCCACUUAUGUUUCCCGCAGACACUAGACACAAUCAAAAGACUGAGUCCGAAAAGGGCUCUUCUAAUCGGAAUGACCCACGAGUUUGAUCACCACAAGGACAACGAGUUUCUUGAAGAGUGGUCUAUAAGGGAAGGGAUUCCGGUAAAACUCGCACACGAUGGCUUGAGAGUCUCAAUAGACCUAUGA